UGUUAAUUUGUUCGUUUUAGGCCUAAUGGGAAUGAAAGAGGAAGUUCAAGGACAAAAUGAAAUGGAGAAUAAACUUCAGCACCACAAUUUCCAAAGUGAAGAAAAUUCUUUCAGUUGCUCACAGACUGAUGAGGAUUCACCUGAAGAAAGAGCAGAAGCCGAAAUCUCUUUUGCAUGCCAUCUUAAUGGUGACACUUUUUCAAAGAAAGAACAUUUAAAUGUUGACAUAAAAACUCACACAGGAGUAAUGCAAUACACCUGUCUUCAGUGUAAAAAGAUUUGCACAAGUAAAAGCCACCUUGAGGAUCAUUUAGUAACUCACACUGGUGAGAGGCCGUUUACAUGCCCUCAGUGUAAUAAGGGUUUUAAACGACAAAGAAAUCUUGAUGUGCACAUAAAGACUCACACUGGAGAAAUGCAAUACAUCUGUCCUCAGUGUAAAAAGACUUGCAGAAGUAAAAGCCACCUUGAGGAUCAUUUAGUUACUCACACUGGUAAGAGGACCUUUGCAUGCCCUCAUUGUGAUAAGUGUUUUAAACAACGAAGAAGUCUUAAUGUUCACAUAAAGACUCACACCGGAGAAAGGCCAUACAGCUGCCCUCAGUGUGAAAAGACCUACAGAGAAAAAAGGCGCCUUAAAGAUCAUUUAGUUACUCACACUGGUGUUUGGCCCUUCAGCUGCCCUCAGUGUGAUAAGAGUUUUUUACGAAAAAAUAGUCUUAAUGUUCACUUAAAGACUCACACUGAAGAAAAGACAAACACAUGUGAAAAGUCCCUGAAAGAACAUAAAACAAGUCACACUGACCACAAGCCUUUCUCUUGCCCUCAGUGUGAAAGGAGUUUUACACAAAGACGAAACCUUAAUAUUCACAUCAGGAUUCACAGUUUUGGUGGGCAUUACACCUGUCCUCAUUGUGUGAAGAGUUUCACAAGAAAAACACAUUUAGAUAAUCACAUACGCAUUCACACUGGAGAGAAACCUUUUAAGUGCCCUCAGUGUGACAAGAGUUUUAAACAACGUGGAAAUCUUUUGUGUCACAUACGAAUUCAUACUGGUGAGAAGCCUUUCUCAUGCCAUCUGUGUGAUAAGAGUUUUAGACAAAAAGAUAAUCUUCAGUAUCACAUACAAAUUCAUAAAGGUGAGAAGCCUUAUUCAUGCCAUCUUUGUGAUAAGAGCUUUAGACAAAAAAAAAAUCUUAAGCAGCACAUACGAUUUCAUACAGACGAGAAGCCUUUCUCGUGCCAUCUGUGUGAUAAGAGUUACACCCAGGCAAAAAAUCUCAAAUAUCAUCUGCUGUCUAACCAUUCUGUAAAAAAAAACUAAAAGUGCUCACAUUGUGUAAAGGGUUUUUUGGCUCUGGGACGCUAAUAAAACACAAUUGGGAAAAUAAUGAUUUGAUCUCUGCUGAUUUUGUAAGUUAGCCCACUAAAAACAAAAUAAAAUGUUUGUUAAUAAUUUUAUAGUAGAUUUAUUAUAACUGACAGAGACAAAAUAUCAAAUAAAUAUACAAAUGUUAAAAAAAGAUUCACAAGUCAGUGAGUCAAGUAAGUAUUUGAUUCCCAAGCAAAACAUGACUUGGUGCUUGGUGGAGAAACCCUUUUUGGCAAGCACAGAGCUAAGUUCCUUGUAGUUGGUCACCACCAGGUUUGCACACACCUUUACAGGUCCUCUCUAAAUCAUUAAGGUUUCUUGGCUGUCUGUUGGAAAUUUAAAAUUUUAGCUUCCUCCACCAAUUUUCCCACAAAUUGAAAAUAAAGGACCCCCAUGGUUCCCAAACUUUUUUUGUUCCGCGGCCCACUUAGAUAAUCUUAUAGGACCCACCAAUGACCCACAUUUUAAAAACGUCUAGGCAAGAGAAUGGAUGGGGAAUACCUUUUUUAUUUGU